AUGUCGGACAACAAGAACUUCAUCGCCUUCAACUUCAAGAUUGACGGGAAACCUGCAGUUGGGGCACCUUGGAUCAUGUAUCAAGGUAGGCUUGACGCAUUCCCGGUGGUACCGUUGUCGGCACGUAAAACGGUCGCAUACCCACAGUCUACCAUCCAAAGCAUCCCCACAGACGCUACAGUCAGUAACGCCUUCUCGUGCAUUCUGACGUGGAGUUUCUUCGUUAUCGCGGGGUCCUUCAGAAUUCUCUUCGGCGACGUCAUCCACUUCAAACUGGACUUUAGUGGUCUCAGGGGGUUCAACUAA